CAUGUCGAUCUCGACCGCUCUACGUCACUUCAAGGAGCCAACGAAGGAAGAGCUUACCCAGAUUUUCUUCUCGCUACCCCCUACCUCUGUAGUGCCGAAAUCUGACCAUUCUGAUGACGAAGAUGUGGAGAAGAUGGAAAUCAAUGCGGUUCUGAGUGUCGGGGAGGCGGAGGACUCGUAGGCCGGGAAAUUACACAUUAUGCCGCCCUAUCUGGCCUUCUCGUCUCUCGACAGGAAGUCUGUGCGGUUCACGAUACCGCUUUCAACUAUUCGACGGGUGGAAAGACUGAAUGCAAGGGCAGGAGUUUAUGCACUCAGCCUACUAACAUGGCACGGGAUGAAGAUGAUUGUUCAAUUGACGUCUCUCCGCCCAACUGCAGACCUGUUCUGCUCAUUACUACGCGAUGCCCUGAAGAUCGAACUUCAACGAGGGCAAAUGAAGUUGGUCAAGGGUUUCGUCAAGACAUGCUAUUCCGAAUUGCUCAUUUCAGAAACGUCGAACGCCGGAGACAACGAACACGAGGACGGAAGCCUGAUAACAGACGAGAAGAGCGGCAGUAGACAGGAAGUCAGCUACCACGGGGGCUUAGGCCUGAAGUUUAAAUUUCCCGGAGAUCCUAAGAGACUCCGAGAAGGUUCAAAAAUCAAACUAUGGACAACGUACUUGAAGGCUCAUGGACGAAACCUUACCCUCCUCCGAUACCCACAAUGUACGCGACUCGUCCAGGUUGGCCUUCCCAACCGAUUGCGUGGAGAGAUGUGGGAGACCCUAUCAGGAUCAAUAUACCUCCGGUUUGCGAACCCAGGAUACUACGAACGACUGCUGGAGGAGCACAAAGGACGAACGACGACAAGCACCGACGACAUCGAGAAGGACCUUCAUCGUAGCUUGCCGGAAUACGCUGGAUACCAGUCAGAAGAUGGGAUUAACGCUCUUCGUCGGGUGUUGCGGGCAUACUCAUUUAUGAACCCAGAACUCGGGUAUUGCCAGGCCAUGAACAUUCUUGCAGCGGCCAUUUUAAGCUACAUGUCAGAGGAGCAGGCCUUUUGGUUGUUGGAGGUGCUCUGUGGACGUCUACUACCGGGUUACUAUGGACCGUCAAUGCAUGGUACACUCCUCGACCAACGAGUCUUUGAAUCUCUCGUGCAAAAAUAUCUACCCAUCAUCCAUGACCACUUCCAGGCUGUCGAUGUACAACUAUCAGUUGCGUCUCUCCCGUGGUUCCUGAGUUGGUAUAUCAAUAGUAUGCCUAUGGUGUUUGCGUUCCGGAUAGUUGAUUGCUUCUUCUGCAUGGGUCCAAAGGUUCUGUUCCAAGUUGGGCUGGCCAUUCUGAAGAUCAACGGGGAACAGCUCCUCCAAAUCCAGGAUGACGGUGGCUUCCUGAGCCUCAUGCGAGACUACUUCGCAAGCCUCGGAGAGUCCGCCCACCCAAACUCCUCCGAUCCUCGCGCACGCGCCAUCACCGUCUUCCAAGAGCUUCUCCUUGUCUCCUUCCGCGAAUUCUCGAUCAUCACAGACGAGAUCAUUCUCUCUGAGCGCAAACGCUUCCGCGGCGAGAUCAUCCACAGCAUCGAGUCCUUCGCCCGGCGCGGUGCAGUCCGAAACCUGCGUACUCUCGGUAGGUUCAACAAGGAGCAGGCGGGGCUCGUCUACGACGCGCUAUAUAAAGCGAUGUGCAUCGUCCCGCCACCGCCCGCAACUGCACCGCCUCCGACGCUGCUAACGACCGCCGAUGGGUACCACGAAGAGAGGCCAGAGACGCGGAUUGGUCUGAGGACAUUUAGGUACUUCUUGAGUGAGAUUGCCACGUGGGCGAGAGACGACAAGAUUGUCAUGAAUGGCUUCCAGCAACGUGUUGAUCGUGAAAUCGCCGAGCACGAAUUCAUCGAUCGAUUGUUCUACUUCUGGGAUACAGGAUGUCACGGAGCUUUGUCUUUCCAGGACCUGGUAUCUGGUCUCGAUGGUGUGAUGUUCAACGAUUUGAUGGACAAUAUCGAAUGGUUCUUCAAUCUCCACGACAAGAACAAGGAUGGGUUCCUUACGAAAGACGAAGUCCUGACGUUGUCGGAAACCUUCCUGUUCAUCUUCCGAUACGAAAUCGGCGACGCGUAUCUAGGUGCCGUCAGUCGGUUCAUGACAAAUGCCUUUGAAUACGGCGACGCCCUCCUUCCUCAACCCGAACAAUCGAAAAGCAAGGAAUCCAAUGCUGAGCCUGAAUCUCCUCCUCCAGUCAGUUCCAACCAACCGUACCUCAACCUGGCGAGAUUCCGUAUGGUCGUCCUCGCUGAAGAAGUGCUGGAAUCGUUCUUCGAGACCGACCUUUCAGAAUCCUUCAAACUGGAGCACCUGCCCGAGAUGGACCUUCCUCUAGUCAACAGCGGGAUUCUGGGAGAUCUAUGGUCGUCUAUCGCGACGGACAGCAACAAAAAGAUCUUCAACAUGUUCACGGACGAGAUUGGGAAGACCAUUGGCAAGCAUCAGGUCGUCCACAAGCCCUCUAUCGGGAGAUACACCAAACUGGAAGAACCAAAAGCGCGCGAAUCGUUGCUUACGCCGACGUUGCGAAAGUCGCUAUCGAAAGCCAGCCUCAGCGGUACCUCGAGCACGACUACCCUCGCACCGUCCUCCUCGUCGACACUCACUGUCAACACAAACCUCGAACCACCCAACGUACCAUCCCAGCCCUCCGUGCCCGACAGUGGCAGCUUGUCGGCAAUUCCCAUGCUCCAAGCCGUCAACGCUGCCGCUCUUAUGGAGCGCACGCCGUUCGCGAUCGACGACGCCAAGGACGACGAUGAGGACGACGACGAACUUGAAGCUGAUGAUAACGAUGAUCAGGUCAUGGACGAGGUCGAUGCCUUCUUAGAGGCCCAUGAUUCAGGCCUCAGUGAGGCGGACAAAGCGGUUGCUAAUGAUCUUCUACACGCGGAACCUCUCAAGUA